AUGGUGUCCCAGCUGAGCGCCCUGCAACGGGAGCUCCUGGGCGCUUUGCUCAGCUCCGGAGCGACUAAAGAAGGGUUGAUCCGCGCCUUGGAGGACAUGGUGCCCGCCGCCGGUUUCGGCGUCAAGUUGGAGAGCCUGCCGCUCUCCCCCGGGGGACCGCCGCCCGACGGCAAGGCCGCCUUCCCGGCGUUGGCCAACGGGCACGGGAAGGGCAAGCUGUCCGGCGACGAGGGCUCGGAGGACGGCGACGAUUUCGACACGCCGCUGAUCCUCCGAGAGCUGCAGGCGCUCAACACGGAGGAGGCCAUGGAGCAGCGGGCCGAGGUGGACAGGAUGAUCAGCGAGGACCCGUGGCGGGCGGCGAAGAUGAUCAAGGGGUACAUGCAGCAGCACAACAUCCCGCAGCGGGAGGUGGUGGAUGUCACCGGCCUCAACCAGUCGCACCUCUCCCAGCACCUCAACAAGGGCACCCCCAUGAAGACGCAGAAGAGAGCCGCCCUCUACACGUGGUACGUCCGCAAGCAGCGGGAGAUCCUCCGUCAAUUCAACCAGACAGUCCAGGGUUGUGGAAAUAUGACAGACAAAAGCAGUCAGGAUCAGCUGCUGUUUCUCUUUCCAGAGUUCAAUCAGCAGAACCAGGGGGCUGCCCAGCUCGACGACGCCUGCUCCGAAACCCCCAGCAAGAAGAUGCGUCGCAAUCGGUUCAAGUGGGGGCCGGCCUCCCAGCAAAUCUUGUACCAAGCCUACGACCGCCAAAAGAACCCCAGCAAGGAGGAGCGUGAGGCUCUGGUGGAGGAGUGCAACAGGGCCGAGUGUCUGCAGCGAGGGGUGUCUCCCUCCAAGGCGCACGGGCUCGGCUCCAACCUGGUGACGGAGGUCCGCGUCUACAACUGGUUUGCCAACCGGCGGAAGGAGGAGGCUUUCCGCCAGAAGCUGGCCAUGGACGCCUACAGCUCGGGCCAGCCCCCGCACAGCAUGAACCUGCUGCUGUCCCACGGUUCGCCUCACCACAACCAGCCCAGCGCCUCGCCACCCAGCAAAAUGCCAGGGGUUCGGUACAGCCAGGCGGCAGGCGGAGAGGCGGCAUCCUCCGGCACCAUCAGCCACCACGGCAGCGGUGCCAUGGUCACCAGCAGCCAGGCGGUCCUGCAGCAGGUCUCCCCGGCCAGCUUGGACCCGGGCCACGGUUUGCUCUCGCCCGACGGUAAAAUGAUCUCCGUUUCGGGGGGCGGGCUGCCCCCGGUGAGCACCCUGACCAACAUCCACAGCUUGUCGCACCACAACCCGCAGCAGUCCCAGAACCUCAUCAUGACGCCGCUCUCGGGAGUCAUGGCCAUCGCACAGAGUCUGAACACCUCGCAGGCGCAGAGCGUACCCGUUAUCAACAGCGUUGCCGGCAGCUUGGCAGCCCUACAGCCGGUCCAGUUCUCCCAGCAGCUCCACAGCCCGCACCAGCAGCCGCUGAUGCAGCAGUCACCCAGCCAUAUGACGCAGCAGCCUUUUAUGGCUACCGUGACUCAGCUGCAGAACUCGCACAUGUAUGCGCACAAACAGGAGCCUCCCCAGUAUUCCCACACCUCCCGCUUCCCCUCGGCCAUGGUGGUGACGGAUACCAGCAGCAUCAGCACGCUGACCAAUAUGUCUUCCAGUAAGCAGUGUCCCCUGCAAGCCUGGUGAUGCUCCACACCUCGCUGCUUUUGCACAUAGCAACGGGAUCUUAUUUUCCACAACAUCCCGCCGGUGAUCCGCACGCCGAGC